UUCUCUUGUCACUUUCUUGCACUAUACUGGUACUGAUACCAUACCGUUCGCAUUGCUGACUUGCCCGUCCCCCAGAUCGGCUGCUGCCUCAUGCUGAGCAUUGGGCGUGCGUCCUUACCUCUCUAGCUAUCGUCCCCGGUACAGGCAAGCCCCCACAGCCAUCACCCUUCAGCCCAUUCACUCGUCAGUCGGCUCCGAACACGAUUCCAGCUCGGGCGUCAGGCAGAGCCAACUGUCGCCCCUCUAGCACCAUCAAACAAACUCAACGAGCAACAUAUCCAUUGUGGAAACGGAAGAUUCUCCUCACUUUCUGCAGACCUGCCUCUGCCUUGACGACGACAAUGACGACAGCAUUUUGAGCUUCGUGCAAAUGAAUGUGGCUGGACUGUAUCCCGUCUCGGAUGGUGACACGGCAUUCUGGAGCGUUGAUGCUAGUGCGCAUGACCUAAGUAUGGUCAGUGAAACUCUGUCUGAGCAGUUGCUUCCCUUCCCCCGACGAUUCAGGCGCGAAGGAGAACCUUCAGUACAGUAUCCCCAUCACUGCAAUGAGUUCGACCUCCGCCAGACGGGCAACAAGGCCAUGUUGAUUGAGCAGUUAGAAGUAUUCAGUCGUGAUCCUGACUCAUGGGACAGGCGUUCACCAGGAGGCAGGGCAGGCCGCACCAAGCAGAUGCAGCGCCGUGCGCAGUUGGUUGGUGCUGCCACUGCUGCAACUGUCACUGACGAUCAAGGGACAACGACGCACCCUCAACUGGAGGUCGCUGCUCUGUUGCCGUGGGCUGAGAUGAUUGGCACGAAGUAUCCGGACACCAUUGUCCAAAACGUGAGCUCAAGGAUCGUCAGCCUUGUUCAAGAUGCCCUCCAUGAACCCAGUGCUGUCUGGUCACCACCUGCGCUAGGUGCCGAAGGUUUUACUCACUCUGGUGUCGAGACCAUUGCAGUGGAAAGCCGCGCACCUAGUGCAUCUCCGCCGCCGGCCAUAGGAAACCCCCGUCUACUCCACCUUGGAGAUGGAACCAUCCUACAAGUGGACGACAGUGAGAUUCCUGAUCCCCCUGCCAUCAGCUUCGCACACGAUAUUGCACACCUAAAUAGCAUGUGGGAUGACCAUAGUGAGUACUGGAAAGGUCUGUCUGUUAUUGUCAUCCGCGGCCAUCCAAUUGCAGUUAAAUAUUGGCCGGUACUCUACCGCUAUGGCAAAGACAAGCAGUGGAAGGGCCCGAAGAAGAAAUGGUCUGAUUGGCGGGACAUUAUCGAGUGUUACCGUCAAGGCAGCCCAGAGCAGUUCUGGGCUACCUUCAGUGCUAAAGGAGAGCACAUGAAGUAUAGUGCCAUCGUCGACAAGCUGCAUGAUGUACGCAAGUCGACUCAGUCCCGCAUUGUGGAACAGGUGCGCAGAGAGUUUGGCGCCACAUUUGAUACUGAUUUUACUUACCGGAGGGGAGGUGGAGAGUAUGUCAUGACAAGGCCAUCUGCUAUCGUGAAAAGGUACUUUGAGUUGACUAAGUGCUGUAGAUAGGACCUGUAUCUUCUGUUAGGUACACAAGUUUAUGCUUGCCGGUAAUACAAGUAUUAGCACCCGCAAUUGCCAAUUAA